AUGGCCAAGGAAGAGAAGUUCGAGCCUACACCAGAAGUGAAGGAAGAGAAGCCCGAGCUUACAGCAGAAGCCAAUGCGCAGGUCCCACCUUUGCCAGAAGGCGGACACUGCAAAGACCCACCAACGCCGUCUGAAUCAAACCGGAGAAUCCUGGGUCGAACUCUAUCCUUGAGCGCCGAACAGGAACCAGUUGGCCAAGAUCCCAUUGCCCCAUCCCUGAGAAAGUGGGUGGAGAAUGCGCCUGCUUUGCAGCCAGAGAACUUUCGAGAGCAAGUCUUGCAUAUCACCGACCACAUUUUGGACACUGUUGGGGGACCGGUGCAGUACUUGGAGAAAGUCUUGGGCAGUUCGCCCGGUCCUGGAUGGACGGAGUUCACCACUGCUUUGCGGGACACCUUUCCCCAGCGUCCAGACUUGACGUAUUGGCAACAGCCGGCGCUGCCAAGCACUGGCGAGACAUUCAAUAUGUCUCUGUGGCACCUGGGCUGGACCAAGGACUGCUCCUCAAAGCCUGCUACGUUCAAGGUGACCGCGCGCAGGUUGAUCGAUGAGUUCUUAACACAUUCAUUUGUGAGUGAUGGAGAUCCGAUUUUGCUGUGCCAAGGGCCCACAGACGGCGUUUUUGAAGACCAUGCAAGCCCACUGUUUUUCACUCAUUAUGUGAAGGGAGCGGCCCGCGCCACCAGCGUUCUAUUUCUGGCGCAUGUGCUGAUAUUCCAUUUGAAAGCCGAUGUCGCCUCUCUCAACCCAGCAUUAUGGGCCAGCCUUCAAAGAUUGGCCUGCAGAAUGAGUUUGGUGGCAACAGACGCUUCAAUAUCUCUGCUCCUGGCCCACGCUUCACAUUUUGGUGAGGCCACGGCGUUCACCGGCGAGUCAUUCGCCAAUAAGAAAAAAUUGGAAAAGGAAACGCUAGAGGAAGCCCUCAAUAUGGCACAAACCUUGUCAAGCUGCAUCGACGAGUUGGUCGCGCAACACCCCAUCCCAAUGCAAAUGGUUGAAGAAAGGGUUUUGGCCCCAUUCCUUGAAGGGAACGGGUCAAUGGAAUUGGAGCUGCAAGCAGCUUUUGCAGAGGGCAAGGCAAGUUUCCAGCCUGCCGAGCUGACUUGGUUCCAAGAACUCAUCGCCACUUGCCUAAGCAAGCGCGAUGACAAGCUGACUGCUAUUGGGCAGGGGCCAAAGAUCUCCGCUGGCGAGCUUGAGGCCCAAGCGUUUCAGCUCGCUCUGGCUUCCGCAGACCAUGACUUUACCACCUACGAGAGUUGGAGAAUCAAGUGCAAUGACAGGGAUGCUGCGCUGUACUUCCAACAGCUACAGCACACUGCCAAAAGGCAAGCGCAAGCCAAAGAUGUCGCCAGCAGCUUGUUGAAAACAGGCGCAGCUUGGCAAAUGCAUUUCGAAGUCAUGGGGCCAAGAGAUGCAGUGAACAUGAAGGCAGCGAUCGAUAUGGCAGACCAAGUUAUGAGAAUGAACCAGCUCCAAGACCGUGAGUCCGUGCACUGUGUGUCUAUCAUAAACUGGUCGUCACCUAGCACCUACAGCGCGCAGCUCCAGAAAGGCCAAGCCCACCUCACUGGGGCACUGGUGAACGGAGAUGGCAAUAUGUUUUGCGUCGCCUACUCCGGAAAGACUGAUGAUCGGGAGCGGCGGGCGUUGAUGCAGCCAGGGGUGAUCCUUUUUCCUGGCGGCACAGAUGAAAAUAAGAGUAAAGUUGUGUGGCAAGUGUUCAGAAGCGCCAAGGUCUUUCAGCAAGCUGUGCUAACCGAAGUGCCCAUGUUGCCUUCCAACCAAAUGUUGGUAAUAGAGGACAUGAAUGAGGACGCCCUUCCAGCAUCCAGCGACACGACAACGCAUGUCUCGCAGGCUGAGAAACAUCAACAAAUAGGCCAAGACGCUGCGCGGAAGGUCCUGCAAUCGAUCGUGCCAAGCGACCUGCAGAGCCGCGCAGCUAUCUUGGUGGUGGACACUACAGCGCACACCUUGGAAUUUGCCAAGGCUGCGUAUCUGGAACGCGCAUCGAAAAGCAUAACCAUUCCACUUUACUACCUUGGGUUCUCAGCCAGCGCUGGAGAAAAAGAAUGGCAAGUUGAUCAUUUGUGCACUUGGCUGACAGAAGGGUUUUUGAGUGGGGAGCUCCCUUACCCGAGCGGCGCUCCUCCGCUGAUGGCCAAGGAGCUACCGCCUGAAGUGACGACAGCAUUGCCGCCCAAGCCAGAGUUGACUACGUUGACCUGGUCCACCAAGAAAGUGGAAGGCCUCCAAACGAUUCGCACCCCAGACAAAUUGCCGCAGACUUGGCACGACCACCCAAGACACGGCCAAGAAUUCCAGGAAUGGUUGGCGCGUGUUCAGAAGACGGAGCCUGCCACCUUGGAGCCACUGGACUUGCCUGACUUGCCAAAGCCAUUGCGCUGGCAAGCGGCGCUGCCAUCACCACACCAAAGGGGCAAGGGCAAUGUCUUGAAGCUGGUGAUAACAAUUGGGAACAGGAAGUUUAUAGCCAAUGAAGGCACUUCAGGGGAUGUCACCCUUCCAGCCGGCACCACACUGGCCGGAUACUACAAGGGACAAUUCCUGAUGCAGGGACAAAAAGGAAAGACGCAGGAAGAUUUCCAAGCCCGACCAGCAGAUUGCUUGUACGAGAUUGAGAACUCAAACUCAGAGGUGUUCUUUGAAGGAAAGCUUUCCAAACUGGGCAGGGUCGUAGCGCAAAAACGAGCAGUGACACCUUUGAGUGUCAACAUUUGCUACUACGAGCUGGCUGAGCAGCCCAGAAGUGAUGAUACGACCUUUUUUGCGUUGAGGCCAAAAAACCAGGCGCUAUUCCGGCCAGAGAACGCACCUACCUCUGACGACAAGAAAGGCGCUGAUGGUUCUUUCACCUUGCCACUGACUUCGAUGGCUGGCUGCCUUGAAACCACACGGUGGGCGACCCCCUACACCAAGGUGGUUUGGUCAGUCAAAUGGUCAGCGCGAGGCUUACAGCCCAUUCGGCCGGUGAUCGCUCUCACCACUCCCCUGGUAGUUCCCCAAAGCAAAGCUGUGGAACUCAAGCACCAAUAG